GAUUCCAUUCUUUUGACGAAGAUUAGAUUCCAUUAUUUUGCUGAAGAAAUUCAGAUUAUUCUAUUUGGAAUUGGAUCCUGAAAUUUAGUGAAAUGCUCAGUCUCUCACUAAACCUCGUCAGUCGUCACAUAGCGCACUGCUUAACGUUGACGCAGUGCGGCCGAGUCAUCCAUGGCAACGUCAUCAGUGCCCGAGUCGUCCAUGGCGGAGUUCGAUUCCAGCAGUGUUGGCUCGGAUUACGCGGAGAUCAUAGUACUGCGUCACGGUGAAACGGCCUGGAACGCUGAUAGAAGAAUCCAGGGGCAACUGGAUGUUGAAUUAAAUGAUGCUGGGAGGCAGCAAGCAGCUCUAUUGGGUGAUAGGUUAUCCAAGGAGCCCAAGAUCUCCCUUGUAUAUUCUUCUGACUUAGCAAGAGCUUAUGAAACUGCGCAGAUAAUUGCAGCCAGGUGCGGCGGGCUAAAGGUUGUAACAGAUGUUGAUUUACGAGAAAGGCAUUUAGGGGAUCUUCAAGGCCUUGUAUUUGGCGACACUGCCAAACUUAAUCCUAAGGCUCACCAGGCCUUUGUAUCUCAUGAGACAUGCCAAGAGAUUCCAGGUGGUGGAGAAAGUCGCGAUCAACUUCAUCAACGUUGCACGUCAUCAUUGCAGAGAAUUGGCAAUAAGCACAAAGGAGAGCAAGUAGUUGUGGUCAGUCAUGGAGCGGUUAUUGAAACACUCGACAAACAGGCUUCCCCGGAUGGCAGGUCUGUCAGAUAUGUACUCAAUGCAUCCGUCAACAUAUUUCACGUGUAUGAUGACGGCAAAUGGACCGUAAAAUCCUGGGGUGAUGUUAGUCACCUCAACCAAACAGGUUCUCUGCAAUCAGAUUUCGGCAGGGACGAAAAAUCUGGUUAGCUCGUUCUUAGGAUGCUCUCGUAAUCUGUAGUAAUCCAUAGAAUGACGGAAUUGACUAAUCACUAUUCAUUCAGAAUUUCAUUCAAUAUGUAUGGCCUAGAUCGGCUGAUGCCGAAAUUUGUUUCAUUAUCUCAUUAAGGAUUCAGGAAUGAAAAUGCAAGUGAGGCCAUCCGAAAUCAA